CGACACGACCACGACGACCGGCCCCGAGGGAAUAAACAUAAUAAUAUUUAUCAUUUUUAUUAUUAUUGCACUUGAUAACUCUCAUCGCAUUCGUUGGUACCUAUUACACUUGUGCUUCGUAUUUAAUAUCGGCCGCUGCCGACGGCAUUCGCGUAAAAUUCGUCAUAAUAUUAUUAUUGUUAUUAUUAUUAUUAUUAUUAUUAUUGUAGGUAAUCUACACUUAAAAUAAAUAAUAACAUUUGUACAAUUAUAUUGUUGUGGCAGUGGUGCGCGUCGUCGUGUGUCCGACGGACAACGACAACAGUACUAGCGGCGCGGCGUAAAUCAGCGACCCGUCCGCGAGUUAUCAUUAACAUACCUAUUAUUAUUAUUAUUAUUAUCGACGAGAGUCGGUGCUGCGCGCUAUCAGUGUUGCGGUGAUUGGAUUGGUGUUUAUUUGUGUGUGCGUGUAAACGCGAGGCGCCGUCUAUGCGCUUAUCCGUGUCUCGUCAAAGGCUGUUGUAGUUGUCUCGUCCGUUCCGCUUACCGCCGUAGCUCUGAAUAAUAAUCGCCGAUAGUCUUCCGAUUUCCUGUUCAGUUUCGUCGUUAACAUCGGUCGCCGAUAUUUCCACGGCGUGACACAAUUCAGUGUUCAGUUACCUUUAUGUUUUGAACGAACGAAUCGAUACACGAUGGAAGCUAUUGCCAAACACGACUUCAAAGCAACUGCCCCCGACGAACUAAGCUUCAAAAAAGGCAGCUUACUCAGGGUGAGUCUUAUUUUGCGUGACACGGACCUUGGGGUGCUGCCAUCGAAAAGCACCCGUCUGUUGUCUGACCGAAUCCAAUGUUGUUUUUCAGGUGAUCAACAUGGAAGACGACGUCAAUUGGUUUCGCGCUGAGUUCGAAGGCAAAGAAGGACUGAUACCUAGCAAUUAUAUCGAAAUGAAAAAUCACGAGUGAGUGACCGAGAAUACCUAUUACUGCUGUGUUUGGGGUAACUGAUAAAAUCUAUCCGUUCAUUCAUUCAGUGGGUAGAAAAAAUCUCCCCUUUUAGAUAGUACCUAAACUCUGUUAAAAAUUGUAUACAUAAUAUUAAUAUUUACUCGUAUUUUGUAAUUUAGUACAGAAUUGUUGUAAAUCUAUUCAAUUGUACUAAAUUAUACACGUUAAUCCCUACAUAACUUUAAAGGAAGUGGCUAUUUCAACAUCUGGUGAAAAUUUACUUAUUUAUGCUCUAAUUGGACAUAUUAUUGAUAUUUGAUUUACUUACCUAUUUCAUAAAAAUUUACAAAUUGUUUAAUAUUUUUAAUAAGUAGAUAGAUUUAUGAAUAAAAAAUAUUUAAAUUGGUGAUUUUCCAUAUUUUCAUCUAGAACCAGAGAGUUCAAACAGUUCAAACAGUUCAAAAAUAAAUGAAAAUUUUAAUUUAUUGAUAUUUUAUAUAUUUGUUAAUAAAGUGUUCUUGUAUCUUGCAUUAGAAUAUGCAGCCUUUAGAUAAGUAUGUUUAGGGUAAACUAUGUCAAAGUAAAUCUAAAGAAUUAAAAUUUGACCAAAGGUAUACAGUACUUAUUAUUAUAGAUUUAUAAGGCAAUACUUAGGCCUCUUUUUUUUAAAAAAUAAAAGAUCUAAUUAUUAUUGCACUUAUUUAUAAAAUAAAAUAUAAAAUUAAUAACAGUAGUAUACAACUUUUUUUAUUUUGUUAAAAAUCUGUAAGGCAGUAGGGCACAUAAAUAUUCAAAUAAGCAUCAGAUACUGAAAUAACUACUUCCAUUUUAAACAAUUAUUUUCUGUGAACAACUUUUCUAUCAGAAAUUUUGAUUUGAUUUUAAGUGUAUCACUUUUUCUGUUAGAAAAUCUAACUGGGGGAGGGGAAUUAAUUUUUUGAUUUUUUUCAGGAAUUUUUUAAAUGGAAAAAAUGAGAAAAUUUACAAAUUUUUAAAUCUUAAAUAUUACAGCCUUUCAAAACAUGUAUAACUAAACUGCUCAGAAUUGUUUUUUGUUACCAAUUGUGUACAGGUAUACAUUAAAUUUCCCCUCUACCUUCCCACCUACAUAGAGUGACCUACCCACCUAUUGUGUGAAGUAUGUCCACUCGUUUUUAAACAAUAACUUUACUAAUCUAUACAUUUUAAAAUUUAGUAUUAAUAGUAUUAAAAGUUAGAUUUUAUCUAUUUAUAUUUUUACUUAGUUAAAUCCUGCUUAGUUUAUAGUAAACUACAGGGACUAAAAUUGUGUGUAGUACGACACACUUUGUAUAAUAUGAAAUGUUAAGCGUAAACUACGAAGUUAAAAAGUGUGUAGCGACUAUAUUAUAAUAUUUAUUUUUAUUCAUUUUCAAUUUUAUAUUUUUUUUCACUUUUAAUAAUUUUUAUUGGAGAAAAAAGUUGUAAAAUGUGUCUUUAUUAAAAUUAUUAAAGUGGAUCUGUAAAGCAUUGUCUGUUAUUAUAUAAUUACAUAAUUCAAAGAUAAUACAAGGCAUGAAAUAGAUUACAGGUACCUACUUUCAUUAUCAAUGUUUAAAUUUUAGAUAAUAUUUUAUUAUUAUAUUUAUGAUGAGUUAAUUGUAUUAGUUAUGUAUUUUUCAAAAUUGUUUUGAAUAAGUUGAUAAAAAAAAAAAACUAAUUUUCUAAUUUAGUCUCACUGAGCAAAUCUAAAAUAAUGUCUUUAACAUGUUAAACGCCAACGUCAAUGCGUCGUUGAUACGACUAAACGGGUGCCCAUAGCCGGUGUCAACACGUUGUUGACACACAAUAACCUGUCUGUUAUUGUGACUUUGUGAAGCUGACUAUAGCCGUACACAUUUGAAAUUUUAGUCGGCCAUUCAUUAGCGUAUUGUUUAUUACGCGGAGCAGAUGGUUUCGAUUUUUCGUCUAUUUUAUAUUUUAUUUACAAUUUACACUUUUAUAUGAAAUAAAAAUGAAUAAAAGGUAAGUUUUAUUUUUAUUUUACAUAAAUUCUUACAUUACUUUUACAUUUGGAUAGUUAUAUUAUAAUAUACCUACUUAUACAUAAUAAUCUUUAUACAGUAGAUAUAUAUAAUCAUAAUAUAUACAAAUUUAUAUAAUUUUUUUUUUUAAAAAAUUAAUUUUUCUCAAUUUUCAGAGUUUAUUUACAAUUAUAAAUUAUAAUUAUAUAUUAUCGAUAAAUACUUAUGAUCUUCAGUCGUAUAAAUACAUAAAAUGUAAAAUAUUAUCUAAUUUGAAUAUUUUUUUUUAAGAAAAAUGGGCAACCCUGCAAUGACCGACGAAGAAUUAUUACGUAUGUUGGAAAAUUCAGAUGAUGAUUUCGGCUUAAGUUCUGGUACUGAUUUAGGGGAAAGGGAUUCUGGUGAUGAUGAUGUCGAUCCAGAAUGGUCACUUCCAAUAGUACAACCCAAAGAGAAUAAUCAGAUAAUAUCAGAUGUACCUAUUAUUUCUACAUCAGGUUAUACGUGGAGUAAUAGACAACCUAUAGUGACACGUAUCCCUUUUUCAAAAUCCAGAGGAUUGAAGAUUUUAACACAAGUAAAUGAGCCGAUUGAUUAUUUUAAUCUAUUAUUCGACGAUAGACUUAUCGAGUUGAUAGUUAAUGAAACCAAUAAAAAUGCAGUUCAAGUUUUUUUAUCUGGAUCUGGAGGUUUAUCAUCUCAAAUUACGGCGUGGAAAGAUACAAAUAUACAAGAAAUAAAAUUGUUUAUAGGUUUACUGUUUCAUACAGGAUCUAUACGACUCAAUCGGUUGGAAGAUUAUUGGAAGACAAGUGAAUUAUUCAAUAUAAAUUUUUUUCGACAAUAUAUGAGUAGAAAUCGUUUUAUGUUAAUUUUAAGAAAUUUACAUUUUGUUGGCAAUGAAAAUUAUGACAAUAAUCGCCUGAAUAAAAUUGAACCAAUAGUAACUUAUUCCAAUAAUAUAAUAAUGUAUAUAGUGUUAUAAUUGUACAAAUUGAAUAAUUUUGAGGUAAAAAUAUAUUUUCAUUUUUUUGUUUUAAAUAUUUUGAAAGUAUAAUAAUAGUUAUUUGAAAAUAAAAAGCCCAUGGCCGGUGUCAACGCGGUAUUGACACCCACAAAUUAUACCAAUUAUACGCGCGGCUACAGGCCCCCGCAUGUCGAUCGACGGCAGCGAUGGGCGCGCGCACGUCGAAUCGACGUUGGCGUUUAACGUGUUAAAAUAGUUAGGCUCUAUAUUAAUUUAAAAUCCAGUCUUUAAAAAAAAAAAAAAAAAUCUUUCCUAUAUAAUAAUGGAAAUGGGCACAGCCACUGUUAUAGGUAAUUUAAUGUAUACCUAUAAACAAUAAUAAACCAUUACUAACAAAAAACGAUUCUGAGCGGAGUUCAGUUGAUAGUGAUGCUUUGUUAACAAUAUGUAUGACAUAAUAUGGUAAAAUAAUUAAAUAAGUAUUAUAUGUGUUCUUUAAUAAUAUUUGUUUAAUGUUGUAUCGUUUUUCCUGGUUUUCCCAGUUUUCAUAUUUAUUGUGGAAAAUCCUGUGAAAAAAUGACCUCCCUAAUGUACUUUCCCACAUCUAUUUAUUUUCAGAAAAGGUGUUACACUUAAAAAUCGGAUCAACAUUUCUGGUAGAAAAGUUGAACACAAAUUAAAAAUAAUUAAUAAUAAACAUUCUUGUUAACCAUAAGCUUCUUCGCUCCACUCAGAAUCUAGAAAGGCUAUUUAUCCUUAUAUGAUAAUACAUAAAGGAAAAUGUAAAUUAAGAUUAAUUCGCAAGCGAUUAUUAUUUUGGUGAUAUGCUAAUUAAAUUCCCCCCCCCCAUCAAAAACUAAAAUGAUUCCAUUGGGAAAAGAGGGUUGAUGAUACCUAUGAUAUAGUAUGUUUUGAUAUAAUGUAUGCAGUACAAAAAUGUAUAUAUUUUAGCCUCUAGUAAACUAAAAAUAAAAUUACUAAAAAUAUUGAAAUGUCCACUUGUAGAUAAAUAAAGAGAUUUUGUCUAAAUGAAAAAAAAAAAUAAGAGAUUAGUCUUAUUAUAUAGUAGCUGCAUCAUAAUUAUUGUUAACUACUAUAAGCUAUCUAUUUGGAAUGUGUAAUUAACAUUAUUUCUCAUUUAUAUUAUAUGUGAUUGCAGUUGGUAUUAUGGAAAAAUCACCCGAGCGGACGCAGAAAAAUUAUUAGACCAACAACCUGAAGGUUGUUUUCUGGUAAGAAUAAGUGAGAGCUCCCCGGGAGACUUUUCGCUAUCAGUUAAGUGAGUAAAACAAAUUUCAUUGUACAAUUAUAUAUUUUUAUAAAUAUUUAGUGUAGAUAUGACCUUGAAUUCAUAAUUUAUUAUUAAAUAUUUAAUAAUAGAUGUGGUGAUGGUGUUCAACAUUUCAAAGUUUUAAGAGAUGCACAGGCAAAAUUUUUCUUGUGGGUUGUGAAAUUUGAUAGCCUAAAUGAGCUAGUAGAUUAUCAUCGGGAAUCAUCUGUGUCCCGUUCACAAGAUGUAAGACUUAGAGAUAUGCCAGCAGCAACUCAAAAUGGAUUUAACCAAAAACCGGUAUUUUAUUAUCUAUGCUAAAAAUGUGAAAUGAUAUUAACAAAGUUAAAUAAUAAAUAAUAAGUAUAUUAUGCUUUUAUAGACACUGGUAAUUGGAAUGUAUGAUUUCACACCUCAAGAAGAAGGAGAAUUGGCAUUCAAACGAGGAGACGUGAUAACUGUAACAAACCGCACUGAUGUAAAUUGGUGGCGAGGUGAGAUUGGAACUAGAGAAGGAUUAUUCCCAGCAGCGUACGUCUCCCCUUAUCAUGCCCCUUAAUCUGUAGGUGUUUUUAUAAUAUGUGUGGAAUGUAUUUUACUACUGUAAAAGAUAUGUGACCAUGAUAUAGACUUAACAAUUUUAGGUUUUUCAGUCAGAAUCGGAUAAAUUAUUGCAAUAAAAAUAUUUAAAAAAAGUCAAAUUAUUGUUUAAAUUAUUUAAACAAUUUUUAGGUUGUUUAGGUUUCCAAAUUUUGUUACUAAAUACUUCAUUGAUAUAUUAACUUGGUAUUUUUUUUUUAUUUUUGCUUAACCAUUAAUUUUUUUUUGUUAUUAUAUAUGAAGUUAAUACAUAUGAAUCAAAAUUAUAAUAUGUUACCUACCAUCCUACCUAACAAUUAUUUUAAAAUUGUCAUAAAACGUACUAGUUCUUACUAUUAGCAAUAAAAAUACGCUCCACUAUUUGACACUUAAAAACCUCUAAGUUUGAGACUUUUCAUAUUAGUAAUUAGAUAAAUGUUAAUGAUUUUUUUUUUUUAACCUUUUGGUAUUUGUAACUUUGAUUUACAAGUAUAUGUAUGAGUUUUUUGCUCACUUGCUUGAAGUAAAAAUUUAUAACAAAUAUCGCUUUCAUAAUCUGCUAUUUUUUUUCAUAAUUAUCUUUUAGUUCAGCAUAUUAUGUUAAAUUAUUUUAACAAUUAUUAUAACAUUUAAUAAUGGAUCAUUAAACUCAAAUUCUGGGUUUAUUAUUUAUUAAACUUUGAUUUAUUGCAAUAUCUUUUUUUUCAAACACCAUUAGACGUAUAUUGGUGAAGCAAUUUUAAGCAAUCUAGGUACUAGUUUAAUGAACAAACUGUUUUGGCGACAUAGUUAACAGUAAUUGUUUGAUAGCUGAAUGCACUUUUCGGCAACCAUGUUGCCGAAAUCAGCUAACAAUUGAAAACUACGUUUACAGUUUUCGGUUACUAUUAAUCUACUGAUAAGGACUAUCAUUCAAUCAUUCUAUCCAUUUUCUAUAACUAAAACAAAUUAUACAGCAAACAAAACGUUUUAGCAAUUAACCGACCAAGUAGCAUACAACAUAGCAAACUGUUUACUGAAAGUUGCAUCGCCAAAAUACGCCUAUUUAUUGUAAAAUUCAUAAGUUUGUAUGAAAAUGAAAUUUAGUAAAAACUCUAAUAUUGAUUUUAAGGUAGUAGUAAGUAAUUUGUUUUUCAUACUUUAUGACCAAUAAGCUAUAGUAAAAUGAACAUACCAGUAGUCUGAUUUCUGAUUUGAAAAUGAUUUGACUUUGUACACUACUUGUAGUUGGUAUGGACAAUAUUUUAAUUUUUUUUUUUUUGUUUCUCUUUAGUAAAACCUAACUAAAAUAAAAUAAAAAUAUAUAAACCUAUCAUGCAUUUUAAUAAAUUAACUAAAUAAUAACAAAUAAAAUAUGUUUUCUACAAAACAAGACAAGAAAUCAAAUAUAUUUUUAAAGUUAAAAUUGGUUUAUAGCUUAAUAUGCAUAGAUAAAAAUGGCCAUACCACAUCCCCAUACAUUGGUAGGUAUCAGGCAAUAGAUUAAAUGAAAUGUCUUUCAUUAAGGUGGUCAUAAAAGGUAAAAAAAAAAUGUUUAAAUUUAGAAAAUUGGAGUAAGUUUAUACAAUUAUUUCCAAUCCCCUUAUUAAUAAAUACAUUUGUUGGCCACAUAUUUUGUAAAUUAUAUGUUAUCAUUGGGGUAGAUUUCAUUUUUAACAUUUGUGUAUACUAUUAUAUUUAAAUUAGACCUAUUGAAUUUAGUACAAGUUGAAUGAAUCUUGAUGUUUUGUUUUUUUUUUUUUUUUUUUACCAUUUAUACUCUCAAUUCUUUAUGGAGUUUAAUUUAAAAUAUGUUAUAUGAACUCUAUUUUUUAAUAAUUUGCAUUUAAUUAAGGAAAUGUUUUUUAUUAAAUGUAUUUCCAUGUUAAUGUUUUAUUUUUAAGUUGAAUAUACAUAUGUAUAACGACAUUUAGCAACGCAAACAAUUUUAAUUGAUUUUUUUAAAUGAAAUUUAAAAAAAUCGCUCAAUUAUUUUACUUAUGACAUACAAUUAUUUUUUCUAUGAUUGAUAAACUUGACCCCUUACUUUCAAUCGAUUAUUAUUUUGUACUUAACAAUUUUUCAGUCAUAUCGAACAAAUUAUUUAAUUUUAAAUUUUAAAAUUAAACCAUACAAUGUCAAUUUGUGAUAUAUAAUAUUAAAAUUCCUUAGUCUUAUCUAACUACAUUUAUCAUAUUUCUUAUGUUAUAGUCUGUCAAGAUUUUUAUUUUCACCAAUUUUUCAAUGUAUUAAAUAUGAAUCUUCCCGAUUUAUUUAUAUGAAGUAAAACUCCAUUGUUGUUUGUUAAGUAUCUACUCGUAUGAAUAUUAUAUUCGUAUUCAAUAACAUUAUAAUAUAAUGUUAUUUUCUCAUUUUAUUCUUUUGCAAUAGGUACUUAUUUAUAUUUUAUUAUAAAUAUGCGUACAAUUGUGACCGUAAAAUGUCUUAGUCAUAAUAAAUUGAAGACUUAUGUAGUCGAAAAUAGUUGAAUAAUGUCUAUAAAGCCUUUAUUAAUCUAUUAUACUAUACGAUUUUAUAUUUUAAGUAACUAAUAAGUCAAUCUUGUCGUAUCUUAUGCAUACUAUAGAUUAAAUUUAAAAUGUUUUUGUGCCACAUUUAAUAUUAUAUUAUUUGUAUUGUAAAUAGUUAUGCUGCAAUAGUUUAUAAAUAAUUAUUAUACCUACUUAAAUAAUUUUUUUUUUCAAUAUUACCUUUAAUAUCUAUUAUCUGUUAAAUAUUUUAUUGAUAAUAUGAGUUAUAAAUAAUUAUUAUCAGUAACAAUAUAGUAUUCAAUAAUUAUAAA